CACAGUACUGCAAUGGUUUGUUGAGUCUAUAUUACAUCAGCAAUGUCUGAGAAUAUCUAUGAUGAUGUGAACAGCAUUGAGGAGUUAAAGUAUUCUGAGCAUGCAACUGUGAAUUUCUUUGCGAAUGAAGACGCUAUUAGAUAUUACAGUACCAACACUGAAAGGGAGAAUGACAAAACAAUGAGGAACCUACAAGUUCAACAAACAGUCACAGGAAUCAACUCUGCCUGGAAAAGGUGUUACACAGUGACUGCAGUGUGUGUGGUGCUGCUGUGUGUUCUCCUGCUGACUUCCAUCGCAGUGCUGUGGAUCAAAUUGAACAACCUGCAUACAGAAAACAACCAGCUACAGACCAGUUACAACAACCAGGCUAUAGAAAAAUACCAGUUACAGACCAGUUACAACAACCUGACAAUAGAGAGAUACCAGUUACAGAAACAAAAAGAUUCAUUUCAGAAUAAAUUGACCAGCAUGGGAUGGAUGUUAUUUCAGUCUAGCCUUUACUAUAUCUCAACUGAGCAGAAGAAUUGGACUGUGAGCAGACAGUACUGCAGAGUGAGAGGAGCAGACCUGGUGAUCAUAAACAGCAAAGAGGAACAGGCUUUUGUGGAAAUGUUGAGCAAGAGCAAGAAUUAUGGAAUUUACAUUGGUCUAACUGACAGUGAAAAUGAAGGCGUGUGGAAAUGGGUGGAUGGAACAUCAAUGACCACUGCGUACUGGUCAACUGCAAAUCGUUUUUCAGAUAUUUCUGACUGUGUUGUAAACAGGUAUAAUGGAAUGGAUGGAUGGUUUGAUCGACCAUGCACAGAAACUUACUACUGGAUAUGUGAAUAAAUUUUUCUCUAGUAACAUAAUACAAUUACACACUUACACAUGUAACAACUGUAACCAGACUAAUUGCAUUAAUGUUUGUUUUAUGAGUAAAAACUGUGUAUUAUCUCUUGAUAAAGAUUCCAGUUCAGAAUCACUGGCAUCCAGGGUAAAGAUGGAUAUAAAGGUUGCAGGAAAUGUACAGAGACACACACAAAGA